CACAUAAUGAUUUUCAAUCCUGAGUUCUCAGCUCAAUAACAACAUACAACAUCACCGAUAGUAACUGGAGGCAGCGUAAUAGCCUUGGCUUACAAGGGCGGUGUAGUUGUAGGAGUAGAUACACUUUGUAGUUAUGGGAGUAUGGCAGAUUUCAAGUACAAAUGCACAACUUACAUUUAGAAAUGUAGAGAAGAUUGCUCAGGUGUCCAAGAACACAAUUUAUGUUUCAAGUGGCGAAUUUUCUGAUUUUCAAUAAGUAGUGAGGGAAUUAGCAAAAAUCGACAGAUCAGCCUUAUAAUAUGAUGAUGGAGUUCAUCCAUCCCCUAGAGACUAUGGCAAUUAUUUAGCGAGAUUGUCAUACAAGAGGAGAUGCAAAAUUAAUCCAUUGUAUUUACAGAAUGUGAUUGCAGUAUUAAUUACUUCCUAUGUAGGGAUUUCAUAAUGGAGAAAGGUAUCUAGGUCUUGUUGAUAUUUAUGGUACUUAUUUGGAAUCAAAUUUCGUGACCACGGGUUUUGCGAGCUACUUCUGUAAAGCCAUCAUUAGUAAUUAUUGGAAUGAUAAUUGCACUCUUGAUUAAGCCAAGUAAGUGAUUAGGGAAUGCUUCAAAGUAAUUCAAAAAUUGUAUAUUUUAGGUGUUAUUCUGCAGAGAUUGCAGAGCUCAUGAUGUGAUCCAAUUGGCUUAUGUUGAUGAGUAAGGAGCACACUUAGAGUAACCAGAGAGAGUGGAAACCAAGUGGGAUUUCAGCGGAUUCAAGAACAGAGCAAAUGAGAAAUUACACACAUAAUGAACAUAAUAAUUAU